AAAGUAAAAAACCACUCCGGGAUUUUGUUCCAGCUGGUUCGACAGAUCAGUGAGAUGCUGCGCUACAUAUAGUUGCAACCUGGGCAGCUGGAACAAAAUCCUGGGGCGGAUUAUUACUCUCUGGGCCAGGAUGUAGCAUCGCUGCACAGCUUUGUGUGCGUGUGUUUGAGUGAGUGUGUGUGUGUGGAGGGAGGUGUGUGGUGCUGAUGCUGAUGCUCGCGAGGAGCAGCGCUCGCCUCCAUGGAGCAGAAGAGCGAGACAGAGGAGGCCGAUAUGAGGAUGAGGAGCUGAUAAAGAGCAGAUAAAUGGGUCGUUUAAGCUGGGGGCGGCCCGGGUGCUGUCGAGUUGGCAGUGUCUAGCUCCAGUGCUGCAGGACAACGGCAACAUGAACGGCAGCUCGGAGCAGCAGGACAUCCUGCCCCCAAACUGCAUGGUGAAGGACCGAUGGAAAGUGUUAAAAACCACAACAGCGAAGAGAAGUGCUCCUCCCCCAUCUGAGAGAGAGCUGAAGAAGAUCGGUGGUGGGGGUUUUGGGGAGAUUUACGAGGCGGUGGACCUGCUGACCCGAGAGAACGUGGCGCUGAAGGUGGAGUCAGCCCAGCAGCCCAAACAGGUGCUGAAGAUGGAGGUGGCUGUGCUGAAAAAACUGCAAGGCAAAAACCAUGUGUGCAAGUUCAUCGGCUGUGGAAGGAACGAUAAAUUCAACUAUGUGGUGAUGCAGCUGCAGGGCCGUAACCUGGCAGAUCUGAGGCGCAGUCAACCACGCGGAACCUUCACCAUGAGCACCACCCUGAGACUCGGCAAGCAGAUCCUGGAGGCCAUUGAAGCCAUACACUCAGUGGGCUUCCUCCACCGAGACAUCAAACCGUCUAACUUCGCUAUGGGCCGGCUACCCUCCACUGUCAGGAAGUGCUAUAUGCUGGAUUUUGGGCUGGCGCGACAAUACACCAACACUAAUGGAGAGGUCCGACCGCCCAGAACUGUAGCUGGGUUUCGCGGGACUGUUCGGUAUGCAUCUGUUAACGCCCACAAAAAUAAGGAAAUGGGUCGCCAUGAUGACCUGUGGUCACUUUUCUAUAUGCUGGUGGAGUUCGCUGUGGGUCAGCUGCCCUGGAGAAAAAUCAAAGACAAGGAGCAGGUUGGUCAGGUUAAAGAGCGUUAUGACCACCGGAUGCUGCUAAAGCACAUGCCCUCAGAGUUCCACGUCUUCUUAGACCAUGUUCUAGCUCUGGACUACUACACCAAGCCAGACUAUCAGCUGCUGAUGUCAGUGUUUGAGAACAGUAUGAAGGAGCGGAUCAUCACAGAGAAUGAGCUCUAUGAUUGGGAGAAAACCGGAACGGACACCAUGCUAACGUCCAACAGCGCUACGCAGCAGCACACCCGACCGACUGCAGCGAUGGUGGGGGGGGUAAACGUGACCCCUGUUCCAGGUGACCUUCAGAGGGAGAACACUGAUGAUGUUCUGCAGGAUGAGCACCUGAGUGACCAGGAGAAUGCUCCCCCUGCUGGCCGGCCAGAGAGUACCCCAGCGCAGCUUGAUGGAGAAGGCUGGGAGGACACCGACUUCAACCGCAACAAACUCAGAAUUAGCCUGAGCAAGGGUCAGGAGGAGGAAGCUAACCGUGGAGUGUGCCCUGUGUCACCGCAGAGGGGUGGGGCAGGGGCAGAGUCCCCCAGUGUACAGGUGCGCUCUCUCAGGUCCAGGAUGGACAUUCUCGGCUCUCCAUCUCGUCACCUCUACUCCUCCCAGCCUGCCCAGAUGCUGUCUAUUGAUGGCUGCCGUGGUGACCGUUGCCGCAACGAGGCUUCGGCAUCAGUGGACCCAGAAGCCCACAGCAACGCCUUCAUCCGCUCUGUACCUCUGGCUGAGGAGGAGGACUUUGACAGCAAAGAGUGGGUCAUCAUUGACAAGGAGAUGGAGCUUCGGGACUUCCAGCUCCGCCCAGGGGCGGAGCCUACCACUUCUGGUACCACAGAUGAGGAACCAGAGGAAUUACGGCCUCUGGAGGAGGGCGAGGAGCGGAGGAGACACCGGGCUGGGGACCAAGCAGUCCGACCCAAGCUCACUCAAGGUGACCGGACCAUGCGACUAAAUGAGGGGGAGGUCUCCAGGAGAAGUGGGCGGGGCCAAACCACAUCAGCUGACAGCCCAGCUCAGUCGCCAUGCCAUUCUCUACCCUCUGGCCGAGCGAGAAAACGAGAGUCAGAAACCGUGGGACCUCAACGACAGGCAUCAGUCCCAUGUGAGCCUCUACUCUCUCCGACUGACUACCGGACCAAAGCCCCAUUCUCAGAGAAAGAGAUGUUUCACAUCCUUCCCAAGCUGCAGGCCAAGCGUGCUGACUUUCUCACAGUCAUGUUGACAGGGAGUCUUCAUCAGCGUCGUGCCUUUAUUGCGACUCCACCAGACACUCAUGAUGAAGGACCAAGGGAUGAUGACGUGACCAAGAGUGAAUCUGACAGUGGGGCCAGUGAGAAGAGCACAGAACGAAGCCAGGAUGGAGCUCCUUCCACUUUACUGGCUGAUGAUACUCAGAAAGGACCCAAAGAACCUGGUUCAGUGGCUGAUGUCGACCCUGAUCAAGAGGAUAUCUCCAAAACACUUGUUCUGUUCUCUCCGGGAGAUAUGAGGAAGUCUCCAAACUCUGGGGAGAUGGCUGAGACGUACCAGGCAGCAGUCACAACUGAAGCUUCCCAGACCGAGAAAGCUGUUGAGAAAGCUGCUGUUGAUGAUCAGCCUCUGGAGAAAAGACAAGCAAUACCCUCAGAAGAACCUACAGAAAGCCACUAUAAAACAUCUGAUCAGGGGGUACCAAUUUUGUUCAAGCAGAAGUAUAACCCACCAGUUGCCUUACCAGUUGCAACUGCUUCUGCUGCAUCUCCUCCGUUCACCAAAGUGGAGCGUACAUUUAUCCACAUUGCUGAGACAACACAUCUAAAUGUUAUGUCUUCCAAUGGUCAGCAGAUCCAAGAGGGUGUCUUUGAGGUAUCAACCGCUGGGGAAGAAAUAGCAUGUGAAGGUGAACCCCAGAAGAAUAGGAACAGGGUCAUCACUCCCUCAGAACCAGAGGGACCAGCAGGCAACCAAUCUGAAAUCUCCUCUCAGACUCCUACAGAGGAACCUCAAGUACUGACUGUCCUUGCUGGGACAGUAACCAGCCAGAUUUGCACGACAGAAGAAGUACCUGUCCCUCCUGAUGUUGUAGAAACACCUGAGCCCAUCCAGAGAGACCCAUCAAUCAAAGACAGACAGGACGCUUUACCACAGCAGCCCAAAGACAAGGCCCAGCCAGGAACAUCAGAAGAUGAUACAGAGACAAAAGUUGGAAAACAUUCCAUGACUCCCCGGACAAGGAGCAGGAGUCGCAUUCCCAUCCUAGUGUCAGAGGAGGAAACUGGUGUAGAACAGUCACUUUCCUCUCGGGAAAGGAUGUGGAAAAAGACCAAGCAGCAGAACCUGGCCAGGUUGGUUGUUGAGAGGCAGAGACAGGGUCGCUGGAUGAGGCUAAACUCUAGGAACUCUUCUUCGCUGUCCUCUGGGGAUGAGCCCAGGAGAGCCUCAGAGACUCUGUCAACCACUGGCUCAGAGGAGGAUACCCACCAGUCAGAUGACUCCCUCAACAAAAUCAAAAAGGAAGCGGGGGAGCAAAGCCGAGAUGGUUGGCGCAGCAGGAUCCCUCGACCUGUUACCCCAGUCAGGAGACCUUCUCCUACUCUAUUAGCAGUUGUUCCUUCCCCAUUAACCUUGCCAGGAACUAGCACAGCAAAACCUGUGCAAACUGCUAGCAAUGGGCCAAAGGUGCUGCAGACAGGAACAAGAGUCACUACCGGUCCUCACGGCAGAUCUAAAUCCACCCUCUCCCACUCCACCCAGCCUGGCGGGAGUCCUCGCAUGCCACUGCGCUGCAUUUUUACCACUUCCCGCCGCAGCUUAAGCACCAACCAAUGCACUUUCACGUCUGCCCGGACCACCAGCCCUUCGCCCCAGCGUCCAUCACUCCGGACCACGGCAAUUGAGCCGCGUAGAGUCCAGCUUGCCGUCUGCGCCGCUCCGCAGCUUUCUGUGCGGUCCAGGACUACUAUGGCCUCACAGGAGCACCCUGUUCCACAGAGCAGGAACCGAACCAAAGCCCCAGCCUCUGCUAAAACCACCACAAAGGUGAAAAAAAGCACAACUGAUGUUACACCCACAGCCAGAUAAUACACUCUGACUUCCUGUUCUUUCAGACCAAUUUGCUUCUGACUUUGAAAGACUCGGGAAGGUGUUGCCUCAACAAAAAAAAAUAAAUAAAUAAAUAAAACAACAAUCAGGAAAACAAUCCCUUCAUUAAUCUAUAACUGAGCUUCCAUGUUUAAGAAUGGCUUGCUUCACAUUGUAAAUGUUAACUGAACCAAAACACCGUUUUACUUUUGUGUGUAAAAUGCAAUGUAUUUCUUUUGUACAUUAUCGUACCAGAUGGGACUUCAAACGCGAGCUUCCAGUAACCUAGAGUUUAUGUCCUGUAAAGCAACAUGGUGCUAUCUGCUGUGUUUGUAAUUUUGUGCAUAUUUAUUUGGUCUUGAGAAAAAAAAAAAAGAUUGUUAGAUAUGAUGAACAACGUCGCUGUCAGAACAAAUAGGUUGCUUAUAAAUACCUUUGUAGGCCAAGACACUAAUUCCAUUUGCAAAUCAAUGGGGGCAUGAUUUACAUUUUGCGCAAGAUGAUUUUGGUACGUUAGAUUGUCGCCACAAUAUUUGAUACAGAUUUUAUAUUAAUUUAAAAUCCAGUGAUAAGUGAAGAAAAAAGUUCCACUGGCCAAAAUCUCCUGAUAAAAAACUCUUGAAGAUGUCUGUUAAGAUGACAUAUCAGAGAAAUAAAGAGAAUUCCUGUUAAUGUAGUGUUAUGUACUACUGUAGAAUCUAGCUCCCCCUGAUGUUGUUGUGCUCUCUUAAGGGCAAACCUUCAAUGGAAUCAGUGUAAAGAUUUUACUCCAGCCAUUUUUAAGAUUUUCUACUGGUCCAUUUUAAGAGCAGCCAGUGCUUUUUAAUUAUUUCACAUAUAAAACUUCCCUAAAUACAGAUACAUGGUUUUGUUCUGACAGCGACGAUAUCCAGCUUCUGCCAGACUGUAAUCAAUCUAAAAUCAUAAAAGGAUGAUUUUCUAACUGGAGAAUAUAAAACUGCUGUCUCAAAAGAUAACGUGACAAUCUCUUUACUGAACGGCAGCUUUCUUCUGUCAGACACUCUUGUCACACUUGUGGUUUCCUCCUCACUUGUUUCCACAGCAGAAAACUGAGGUGCUGUUCAGAAAACAGAUGUACGUUAUGCUACAUUGUGCUGCUAGUCUGUUACACUCGUUUAUUAAGAGGAGAGAGGGGUAGAGAGAUAGAGAACUGUGAGAUAUUAGUCUGAUCAGUUACACACCAGUAAUCCUCACAUCUAAAUGCUGCAUUUCACGCAGUGCUGUCUCACUCUCAUUAGAGUGACAGUGCUGUCUCACACUCAUGAAAGUUACAGUGCUGUCUUGCAUUCAUUAAAACGAUAGCGCUGUCUCUUUCUCAUUAAAGGGAUAGUUUGAGAAAUCUCAUUAGUUUGAGACACGUUUGGUGUUGAACUGGAAGCUUAGCUUAUACCCAACGAGUUAGCACUGGUGCUAUGAAGCUAAUGCAGCUAACAAGUAAUAGAAGCGUAUUGCCCACCCAUUAGCACAAGAGCCAAAAGGCUAAUACAGCUAACAAUUGAUAUAAGCUUACGUUAAGCAUUUAUAUGUUAAUUAUCUACAAAUCAAGCUUUUUUACACUCUUCUGAACUUCUGAACUGCUACACUCUGAUUGGCCACCACAAUUAAAUGACACAGACAAGCUUUACUCUGAUCCGGCUACGACACAUUCAAUCGCCAUUUGAGGUGUGAUUAAAAGACUCACCAUUAACGUCAUGUUUACAUGUUUAUUUGUGGCUUUUAUUAGCGUUAAUCAGUUGUAGGCUACAUUAGCCUCAUAGCUCCAGAGUUUAUCGGUGAAGUAUACAGUUCAAUAACUUGCUAGCUACAUUAGCUUUGCAGCUCAAGUUUAAAACGAAAGAAACUAACAGCUAGAGGGUACACUGGGUUUGUUGGGUACACUGGGAGUUGUUUGGUCAAACUAUCGCUUUAAAGUGAUGUAUUUUAGUAUAUACUCAUAAUAAUUCAGUAUAAACAUACUGUGAAGUAUCAUUAGCUUUAUUUAUUCAAGACAUUUGUAUGUUAGCAUAGCAUUUUGAUAUCUGCUGAAACAGCACAGGUUCCGUGGCUGAAGGAACAUUCCGGCAUGAAUUGCCCUGUUUGUAUCUCCUGUGUUAAUGGACACAGCUUGUUUGUCUACAGUAUUUCUCUUUAUAGAUUUCUUUAUUUUUAUCUGAAAGAAGAAAAAGAAAGUCAUUUUCAUUCCUGUUAAGCUAAGGAGAUAUCAUUAUGACGACUCAUAAGCCCAACCAGUGCAUAUUAUGUUUACUGGUGAGAUGUGGAGUGUGUUCACUGCAACAAUGAAGCAUGAAAUGAAGUUUUAUUCUAGUGCAAUGAGUGUGUAUGGUAUUUAGUGUGUGUGUGUGGUGUGAAGGAUUGAAUAAUUAUGUACACUAAGUGUAGACACAGGGUUUCCUUGAUGAGAGCUUUGAAAUAGUGUACACGGCAAAAAGUACAAAAGUAGCAAUUCAGAAAGCUACUUAAGUAUUGAGUAAUAUUUAGAACUGCAUUGGAAAUAAUGAAUAGAAAUUCACUCAAACACAAAUAAAGAGUAUUAAGCAUAAUUGUGUCUAAAAUGGAACUAAGGAUAAGGUCCUCAUUAAUAUACUUCAAUAAACCUAUAUUAAGUAAUAGCAUUUGCAGACAUUAGCGUUUGCUAUGAUACUAGCAUCACCAUGUUUUACAGAUAUGGUUUUGAAUACUUUACAGUGCCCCUGAGGUUUUUUAUUUUUAUUACACUAGUGCAUCCAUCGCUGAUAUCUCACAUUUUGUGUAAAAUAAAUGGUUCAUCUAACAGCAUGAUGACAAAUAAACACUCAAGUUCACACUAUACAAAAAACAGGAUAAAAUGUUUCAUUAUCUCUGUCCACCAAUAAAGGGUCCUGCCAACCACAAAACAACAAUCACAGUUGCAGCAGUUUAAUGGUAAAACACAACUGCAUGAAGCCUCCUAUGAAGUUCUCAAAAUGGUUACACAGUUGAUGUUUGCACAUUUUGACCAUGACCAUCACCUUAAAACAGUCCUGGACCAAUAUAUUUUGAACACAUAUUUUCUAAAUCUGUUAUCGCUUAGUUAAAUUUCUCUAUUUCAUUGCUUCACCUCCUGUAUAAAACUAAUCUAGGCCUCCAUAUUUAUUAAGUGCCACCUGGUAGAGGAACGUCCUUCAAACCAGAAUUUGUUAAAAGGCUUUUAGUAAAAAAAGUCUCCACACUCUCUUGGUGAUUGUGCCAUCAACCUCAUAGCAAGAGCCAUUGCCCCAGGACCUAAUGUGUAACCACUGUCACCAGCAGAAAUCAAAGCCAUUGAUGAGUAUGUUGGUUAGGUUCUAAAACAGGGUUUCAUUUAAAAACUUUUACCUCUAAAAUAUUUUCUGGGUAUUUUGAGAAGAAGUUUAAAACCAUCAACUUUAGACAGACUUUCAGAUCCAUUCAGGUUGCAGAUACAUGGUUUAGGCACAUUUGGCCAUCCAGUGGACAUUGUUUUACAUGGGUCUCAGUUCACUUCUAGGGUGCGAAAAACCAUUAUGGGCAGACUGAAAGCCAAUUUAUGCUUUAGCAUCAAAUAUACACCAUAGCUUAUGCCUUACUUUACAAUAUAGGCUACCAGAAAUUCAGAAACCCCAGAAAAGUAACUACACAUUGUAGCAAAACAGACAGCAACAACUAUGAUUGGUCCACUGAGCAUCAAAUUCCCUCCUUAACAAACUGCAAAGUGAUGCAGACACACCAGUGCACAAGUGUAAACGUUAACAAUGGCAAAGGCCACCAGCCCAGGGUAUGCCACCAGCAUUGACUAAGAAUAGACUGCCUCACUCCGAGCUAUAGCCAGCAAUCUAUUGAACAAUAAAGUACAGUGGACUAACCAGGAGUUUGGGCAGUUUAUUCAGAGAUACUGUUAAAAACCAACAUCACUACUGGACCUGUUUGCUCCCUUAUGCCCAAAACCCUAUAUGUUACCCCUCCAUUAAAGCGUGCUUGACUUUCCACACGAGGUCAAGGGAGGUUGCCACCGUGUAUGAGUGAUUCCUGAAUGCGUAGAUCAGGCUUAGGAACAUCAAAAUGUCCAAGCUGUUGCAUUGCAGUGCCAGACAAUCUACCAACUAACAGUGAGGAUCUUUACGAAAAGACCUCAAGUUUCACCUCACUCAGAUGAACUCCCUUUUAAAAAGAACAAAUCCAUUCAUGUACAACUUGCAAUUGUCUUCCACUUACUAUGUUUCACAUCAUAAGCAGGGGUUCUCUGGUCCCUUUGCUAUGAGGUGGUCCCCUCUGAUUCUACUCUUUCCCUAUUUAACAUUGCAGUUGCACCUUCCAUUAGAUUCUAUGUGGAGAAUGAGUGGUCUUUUGGAAAAAACGUUUUGGACCUUUUUGGUACAGUGUCAGGUCUCAGCCAGUAGCAUUCUUAUCCUGACCACCCAGAACCAUAACCAAGGGGCUGUACCCUGGGUAGGUGGUGCCUACUAUUCACUGUCCCAUCCCUUUUGGCUAUUUCUCUUACACCUGAUGCUCAACAGCUCUACCUUUCAAAACCAAGGUUGUCCAAUCUAUUUAACAAAGGCCCUGCUAUGGGUUUUCAUUCCACCCAAACAGAAGCAUGUCAUCAGUUUACAGUGAAAAUCUGCAGCCACACCGGUUCUUUGUGGAUAAUUUUAAACUUUCUGUUCGCUCUGCCAGUUGUUUGUGGUUCCUGACCACUGAGAUGUUCCUCUCUCUCGCUGCUUUAUGCUUUUUGACCACAACUGGUUUGUUUUGGACCUUGUUUCUUCGCCUUACCUGUUGCCUGCCUGCCAGUGUUUUCUGACCUUGGACCGUUGGACUGUUAUUGCUUGUGUAUUCUGAAUUAAACUAUGUCCAGAAU